CACCAGAUGGCCCGAUUUUCGGGGUAGGGAGAGGCGUGUGCUUUAGGGAUCGCUAAGAGUGGUGGCCCCAUGGCCCCACAGGCGGGCGCCCCGCGGCUGGUGCUGCUAUUCAGUGGGAAGAGGAAAUCCGGGAAGGACUUCGUGACUGAGGCGCUGCUGAGCAGACUUGGAGCUGAUGUCUGUGCUGUACUCCGGCUCUCUGGUCCGCUCAAGCAGCAGUAUGCUCAGGAGCAUGGCCUGGACUUCCAGAGACUCCUGGAUACCAGCACCUACAAGGAGGUCUUUCGGAAGGACAUGAUCCGCUGGGGGGAGGAGAAACGCCAGGCCGACCCAGGCUUCUUCUGCAGGAAGAUCGUGGAGGGUGUCUCCCAGCCCAUCUGGCUAGUGAGCGACACAAGGAGACUGUCCGACAUCCAGUGGUUUCAGGGGGCCUAUGGGGCCACGAUGCAGACGGUCCGUGUGGUGGCCUCGGAGCAGAGCCGACAGGAGCGGGGCUGGGUGUUCACGCCAGGAGUGGAUGAUGCUGAGUCUGAAUGUGGCCUGGACGACUUUGGGGGCUUUGACUGGGUCAUCGAGAACCAUGGAGAUGAGCAGCACCUGGAGGAGCAGUUGGAGAACCUGAGAGAAUUUGUCCAUUCCAGACUUUAGCCCCCAGGUUCUGGGAGCGAGCCAGGAGUGGCGGUGGUGGGGCUGACUCUGCAGGACUUGGAGUUCUCAGAUGCUGGCUGAGAGGACCCGAGUCUGGAUUUCUGGGGGGGCUGGUGGGUGUCAGGCAAGCUCAGAAACAUCUGGGGAUCUCAGUUCCCAGUGGAGAGGACAGCCCUGCCUUUUCAGCAGGAGUCUCACAGGGCAAAGAGGGUGAACUGGUUGUGCUUGAAGCAGAAAUAUCACCGUCUCCUGGGUGCCGAGCUGGCCGGGGCCUGUGGGAGCCUCGCUUCCUUGCCCGGAUGCUCUCAGCCCCUUGUUCUAGGCUAGAGCCUGGGGCUCCCCAGUGUGAAUACUAAUAAACCUCCUUGGAGCACAUGCUCAGA